GGUGCCUGUCCCGGAAGCGCGCGGCUGCCUGGGACGAUGGGAUGAACCCAGCGGGCGGCGGCCUCGACCCGGAGGUGGAGGCAGCGACCAGACUCCGGGAACGGGGCGGGGCCUGGUCCCAGGGUGAACUCGGGCCGAUUUCUCACGAGGCAAGGCCGGGCCGCGACCCCGGCCUGGCGCGGUCUGUUCAAGAUGGCGCUGGCGGCUGCUCGGCGAGUCCCGGCGUGCAUCUUGCUCCGCGCGGGGGCCCGGCUCCAGGGCGCGGCCCUCGGGCUGGCGGAGCAGGCGGCCGGCGGCCGGGACGGCGCGCGGCGCUUCGGGAGCCAGCGGGUGCUGGUGGAGCCGGACGCGAGCGCAGGGGUCGCUGUGAUGAGAUUCAACAACCCCCCAGUGAACACUCUCAGCCUGGAGUUUCUGACAGAGCUGGUCAUUAGCCUGGAGAAGCUGGAGAAUGACAAGAGCUUCCGAGGUCUCAUCAUUACCUCGGACCGCCCCGGUGUGUUCUCAGCUGGCCUGGACCUGAGGGAGAUGUGCGGGAGGAGCCCUGCCCACUAUGCCGAAUACUGGAAGGCCGUGCAGGAGCUGUGGCUGCGGCUCUACCAGUCCAGCCUGGUGCUGGUCGCUGCCAUCAACGGAGCCUGCCCCGCCGGAGGCUGCCUGAUGGCCCUGACCUCUGACCACCGCAUCCUGGCGGACAACCCCAAGUACAGCAUAGGACUCAAUGAGACCCUGCUGGGCAUUGUUGCCCCUUUCUGGUUCAAAGACACCCUGGUGAACACCAUCGGGCACCGGGCAGCAGAGCGCGCCCUGCAGCUGGGGCUGCUCUUCCCGCCAGCACAGGCCCUGCAGGUGGGCAUAGUGGACCAGGUGGUGCCGGAGGAGCGGGUGCAGAGUGUGGCGCUGUCAGUGAUCGCCCAGUGGAUGGCCAUUCCAGACCAUGCCCGACAGCUGACCAAGGCCAUGAUGCGAAAGGCCACAGCCAGCCGCCUGAUCACACAUCGCGACGAGGAUGUGCAGAACUUUGUCAGCUUCAUCUCCAGAGACUCCAUCCAGAAGUCCUUGCAGCUGUACUUAGAGAGGCUCAAACAAAAGAAAGGCUAACAGUUGGGCUGCCACAGGCUUUCAGCCACACGUGCCCCUCUGGGUCCUGGUGGGAUCUUAAACAAGGUAUUUUGCAACUUUA